AUGUUGUUACUAAUAUUUUUCUUCAAUUUCAUCUAUGCCGAAUCAAAUUUCAAUCCACACGCCCUUUUGAAAAGCUACAUCAAUGCUAUUCAGAAUCAAGAAUCUCAAAACAUUCUUGCUGACGGAUUUGCAGUUUAUGAUUGUGAAGGAAAUGUUUUAAGUGGAUCUGAUUUUCAUUUUUUGAAAUUGAAGAAACUGAUGAAUGGAUCGAACACUCAAAUUCCAAAUAAACAUUAUGAAAUACUCCCCCUCAAUGACGAUGAAACUAACAAUAAAUUCAAUGUUGAAGUUGGAUAUUUUGUGAGUGAAUUUGAAUUAGAAUAUAUUGGUGAAAAUGAAUGGCAAAUCAAAUCAGAAAAAAGAAAUAAGUGCCUUUCACAAAAUAGACCGUAUCAUUCAAGUUUAUUGAUUGAUUAUGAACAAAUAUUCCAAAAACAAUCGGAAUUCUUAUUGGAAAAAUAUUUGAGAAAUCUUGCAGCUGGACAUUUUCCACAAUAUUUAAAAUUCUUUAUCACUGAAUUCUCAAUUGAUACAAGAAAUUUAACGAAUAUAAAUACAGUUGUGAAACUGAUUGAAAAUAUUCCAAUGAUUGCUAGAAAACAAAUUUAUAUCGUGCUAUCUUCUGAAUCAAAACUCAAAAUUUCUGUUGCAAUUGAAGAAUUCGAAACGAAUAUAAUUACACUUGGUGUAAUUUAUAAUGAAAAUGAAGAAUGGGAAAUAAUAUCAGAAAAACAAAGAGAAUAUUUAAAUGAUGAUUCAGAAAUAAUUGCAUGGUAUACUUCUGCAUUUAUUGAUUAUCGAAAAACAUAUUUGAAAAUUGCUGAAAAAUUGAUGGAAAAAUUCGAAAAUGCUGUUAGAACUAAUACAAUGGAAGAUGAUAUAUUCUCAAUUAAAAAUAUAUCAGAAUUUGGAUAUCAUACAAUUUUUUUCAAUUAUAAUUAUAUUUACCUAGAUGGCGGUGCUGAACAAUUUCAAACAUUUUCGAUUACAAAUUAUGAUGAUGACUCGAGUUGGUAUAAGUUCAUAAUUGAAAAUAAUAAAUUCCAUUUAUUAUCGGAAGACAGUUAUAAUUUUGUUGAAUAUAUUGAAGGAGUUUAUAAAGGAGUAUCCGAAAGGCUAAUGAAAAAAUAUGAAAAGAGAUUAUUGGCGGAUAAAAUCGAGUUGAAAGGUCUUUUUAAUGAUAAUUUCAUGUUAUAUAGUUGUGGACACAAUAGUUUGAAUAUAACAAAAUUUGAAAAAGAACUCGAAAAACCCGGAAAUAUUCAUGAUUUUGGAAAUUACAAUGAUGUUAUUCGACUUGUUUCUGUGAAUUCAACUAAUGGUGACAUCGACUUUUUACGAAAUGAAAAAGCAAGAUUUUUGGCAAAAUAUAAUUUUGAUUUAAAACAAUAUGAAUUAUCCUUGGAAUAUCGUUGUAGAGACGAUGAUUUUCUCGGGUUUUCAAAUUCGAAAGGAUGGGAAAAUGCUUUAAAUCAUGUGGAAAUUGAAGUAAAAGAAGAAGUAAAAACUAAUGAACCGCUGAUCACUUUUGGUAAAGGAUGUAAGUUAGCAUAGAACUGAUUCACUUGUCAAAAAACAAACUGUUUUUUUUGCAGGGAUGUUUGAUGCAAAACCUUCCAUUAUCCCAUACAAAAACUUUAAUGUAACAUCAGAUGUCAUCGAAGUGGAAUAUGCUGUAGAGAACUUAUCUUCUGAUAGGGUACAAAAAUAGUUGAAUUCAUAUAUUUUUCUCAAUCAUUAAUUUAUUAAGCUUAUCAAAAUUCUGUGUCGUCGUUCACAACUUCAACGACAACAAAUAGCUGAAGAAUAUAAACGAAUUUAUAACUCUGAUUUGAGUAAAAGAAUCGAAAAAUAUUUUAUGGAUGAUUUCCGAAAACUGAUGAUGUGGUUACUUCUACGACCAGUAGAUCUUGAUAUUUGGGCAAUGCGCGCAGAAUUUCCAAAAACGGUUUUUCGUGGAAAACUGCUUCUUGAUGUUUUAAUGACUCGGACGAAUGAAGAAAUUCAACGAAUGAAAAAUGAAUUUCAAUUGAAAUAUGGUCACCGAAUUUUUGAUUUUCAAAAGGAUCUUUUCAUGGAAUAUUUAGAGGAGAAUUAUCAAAAACAACCAGUAAAAACAUAUAUGGAAUUGGCAAGAGUUAGACGAGAUGAGAGUUUUAUGGCAAAUAAAACAUCAGCAAUGGAAGAUGCUAUACGAUUGUUUAAAGCUUUGAAUGAUGGGAGUGGUCUACGAGUGUUACUUGAUCUUUUAGCCAAAACCAGUUUGACUCAACUCAAAUUGAUUUUUAAGAAAUACCAUGAAUAUACAGGGGAUAAAAUGGAAGAUGUUAUUCGGUCAUUGAGUAAUUGGGAGUAAGAUUUUCUAUACAUAUUUACACCAAAACUACUUUUUUAAGAGCAUGGUUGGAUAGUUAUUUGACGAUUGUGUAUAUCAUAGAAGAUCGAUGGAAAUGGUUCGGAGACGCAAUUGAAGCCACAAUGAGCAUCACUGCUGGAACACACAAUGAAGCCCUGAUUUAUUUUAUUAUAACAAGAUCGGAACGAGAUUUGGCAUCGAUUCGAGAAGACUUUGAUAGUCGACGUAAGUGGAGUGAAUCAUUAACUAACUGGAUUAUAAGUGAUACUUCUGGAUAUUUCCAAGAGGCUCUUCUGGCUUUGGUUAAGGGGAACAGAAAUCAAUGA